GACUAAAUCCAACGCACGCAGUUUGCGUAAACAAGCGGCUAGUUUGUUAGCGUUGAGUCAUUUUUAAGAAAUAUCCUGCAAGAUUGUUCUAAUUUGAAAAAUAAUCAAGAGAUUAAUGUAAAUAACAUAUUUAUUUUGGGCAGUAAUGGCGGAGGGAAGUGGCACUGUGAACGGGGCCAAUCUGCCCCCGGGAGACCCUCAGCUCAUCGCGCUGAUCGUGGAGCAUCUCAAAAACAGAGGGCUUUUUGACGAGUUUCGUCGCGACUGUUUAGCAGACGUCGACACCAAGCCUGCCUACCAGAACUUAAGGCAGAAGGUGGACAAUUUUGUAACCACUGACCUGGGGACUCAGGAGUGGACCUCCACCAUCAACAAGAACCAAAUGAGGAAUGGACUCAGGCAAAAAGUGGUGCAAUCUGGGAUGCUGGAGUCAGGUGUGGACCGAAUUAUAACUCAAGUGGUAGAUCCUAAAAUGAACCACACUUUCAGGCCGCAGAUAGAAAAGGCCAUCCAUGAAUUAUUGUCUGGGGAAAAGAAAGAAGACAAUCCGACCGGUUCAAACACAGUGCCUCCUCUUGAACAGUGCGAACCCAUAGACCCUGCCCCGACGGCUGUUACAGGACCCCACACUCCAUGCCCAAAUACUAGGAACUCCUGCAAGUCAACACUCCUCCUGGCACUGCGCUUUGGCCGUGAACAAACAGAGACGGACCGAGACGGACCUAUGAACAUGUCAGCGCAAGGGGCACAUGUGAUUUGGGCGUUUUUGGUGGCUUUGGCCGCUCAACAGGCGCUGAGCACAGAGCCGCUCGACUUUCAGGAGAAGCAAAUAUCUCAAGCCAAAAGAAGGCUGACUCUACAAAGCACAGCAGAGAUCCAAUCCUGUCUGGUAAGUUCAGGGGACGUUGGCUGUGGGACGUUUCAAUGUUUCAACAAUAACUCGUGUGAGAUUCAGGGACUGCAUCACAUCUGUCUGACUCUGCUGCACAAUGCGGGUCGCUAUGACUCUCAGGGUAAAUCACAUGUGAAGGACGCCCUCCGGUGCAUGGCACUGGGACUGCGGCAGCGCUUCAGUUGCGUGAGCCGGCGCUGCUCUGCUGUUAAAGACAUGAUCUACUCCCUUCAGCGCGAGUGCUACUCCAAACACCAGCUCUGCCUCGCGCUCCAGCAGCAUCUGGACACCGCGGGCAGCCUGGUCCAGUUCCACCUGCUCUUCCCUCCUGGACCUUAUGUGGAGUUGAUUAACUUCCUGUUGUCCUGUGGAGAUGAAGCUCGCUCCUGGGUUGGUCGGAGGCUCCGGGCACAGUGCACCCAACACUGGGGGGUGCUGUGUGACAGUUUCAGCAGCACCUGUUCUCUUGUCCAAUCAGACGCCUCUGUGAACUCCUCCACACAGGUUCCCACUGUCUCGAAACCUGCACAGCCCAGCACCUGGGGGCCUGAGCUGGAUGACAGGAGUGCUCCCAAUCUGAUGGACAAUGAAACAGAGACUACAUUUAUUAAACUUAAUGUUUCCUCUUCAUAGAAAUCUACAGGAUAGAUAAGGCCCAGACAUGCACUUAUUACUAUAGUAGAAAAAAUGAUAAUUCAGCUAUGACAUAACUUAUUUAAUCUUUGCAUUUGUACAAGGUUAAAACAUGUAUCUACCUCACCAUUGCAGAGGCCUCUUUGACAGAAUCUUCUCAUUGAAGGGCAUGGACUCAGAGUGUCCAGCAAAAGACGCAGCUGGCAGCUCAACAACAGUCUCCUACCUAUUUAAAUACUUUUAUUUAUUCACAUGUGUUUUUUUUUUUCUUUGUUUUGUAACACAUUGUUCAGUCUCACUUUAAACAGCUUUACUCUACCCCAUUCAAGCAUAACAUUAUGACCACUUGCCAGAUAUGCAGCUACAUGAAACAUUGAUGAAUUCAGACACUUUACUAUGACAAUAAGCAUUAGCAUCUCUUACCUGUUGGAUUAGGCCAGUCUUCACUCUCCACAUGCAUCACGUGUUUCUGGUUGACCACUGAUAUUUCCUUGGACCACUUUUGAUAGAUACAGACACCACAGACUAGGAACAAUAAAACUGUUGUUAGAGAUGCUUUGACAUGUUUAGAUACCCCUUAUUUGAUACCCUUAUAGUUCAGGGAGCCC